UUGCCUUCUGGAUGAUUGGCAAAAACCACUGCAAUGUUUUCGUGCAGUCGAUCAGCUGCGUUUGCUUCUGUUCCAUAUUUUACCACCUUGUUGUCCAUUUGAUACUCGUAGCUGUAAAAUGACACUGGAAGCCAUCCGUUACACCUUCAAAUCCCCGCGUCCCGCUGCUGCAAUAACCGAUGGGGAUGUGGAGAUGCACCGCGGCGCGCAGCGUCAGCUCUCCAUCCUCAAUCAGCUGCUUCUACCUUCUGUCACCGAGUACCUACCUAUUCGCUCGGUGCAGAAUGCCUUCGAGGCCAUCCGUUCCAUGCAGGUGCGCGGCGCCCCGGCCAUCGCCAUCGUGGGCUGUCUGAGUCUGGCGGUGGAGCUGGACGGGAAUGACUUCCCCACCAUGGGCCGUCUGCUGGAGCACGUGGUGCGCAGUCUGCAGCAUCUGGUGGAGUCCCGGCCCACCGCCGUCAACAUGCGGACGGCCGCCGACCACGUGGGAGGGAUGGCGCAGGGAUUGUUUGAUGCCUUCGCCAAGGAAAACGAGCAGCGGAAUUACGGUGAAGAGGAGGUGGCGCGGCGCGUACAUGAAGCUAAGGAACGGUUGAUCGCGGAAAUGGAAGGGAUGCUGGCGAAGGAUAUCGCGGAUAACGUGGCCAUGGGCGAUUGGGGCGCUCGCGAUAUGCUGGCCCGGUGUCCGGGGAAGCAGCGGCUGAAUAUCCUCACGCACUGCAACACCGGCUCCCUGGCCACGGCCGGCUACGGGACGGCGCUGGGCGUUGUCCGGUCCCUGCAGAAGAUGAACAAGCUCGAGCAUGUGUUUUUCAACGAAACCCGACCGUAUUGCCAAGGUUCGCGUUUGACGGCCUACGAGUUGGUGACGGAGCGCAUCCCCAGCACCCUCAUCUGUGAUUCAGCAUCUGGCUGGCUGAUGGCCACCGGCAAGGUGGACUGCGUCGUCACCGGCGCCGACCGGGUCGCUGCUAACGGCGAUACUGCCAAUAAAAUUGGUACGUACAUGUUAGCGGUGCUGGCGGCCCACCACCGCCUGCCCUUCUACAUCGCCGCCCCCAUCACCACCUGCGACCUGACCAUCCCCUCGGGACGGGAGAUCGUCAUAGAAGAGCGGGACGCCGCGGAGAUCACCAGUAUCCGCGGCCAGCCCAUCAGCCCGGCCGGCGUCACCUGCUGGAACCCGGCCUUCGACGUCACCCCGGCCGCCCUCAUCACCGGCGGCAUCAUCACCGAGAAGGGCGUCUUCCGCCCCGAAGAACUACGCGCGGCGAUUAGUCAGUCCGGCGACGAGCCGAGCACGUUUAAGUAGAGCGCGCAGCGGAGAUGUGGUGAUGGUGGAGGAUGUGAUGCCGAAUUAUUUUGAUUUCUUGUGGCUAUGUGCCAAGUACUUUAUCGGUUUUAUGGCGGUUGCUUUAGUGGAACAGUAAAAAAGGAUUUAAUUUUAGUUUUUCUGUUGUUCGGAAGCUGUUGGAAUUGUUUAUGAUUGAAUUAUGACGCUAUUAUUGAUUAAAAAAUAUUGAAUAUUAGUUUAGUUUACAC